AUGAAAGGUUCCGAUAUCAACUCCUCGGCAAUAACGCUGAUGGCGUUAUUUUUGAUUUUAUCCUUCGCCUGCGUUUCGGCGACUGGUCUCCUUCUUUAUUUAGUAUGCGCCCGAAAGUACCGUCUAAAUUGGUUCGAGAAAAACUUGUUAGAAUCAGCGGAAAGCACUAAAGAACUACAACUUAGCCAAGAUUCCUUCGUCGACAUUCAAGAUAACUCAGAAGACAUCAAAUCUAUUUUUGCGGAUUGCACUAAAGAUGAGAAAGUCCAACAGUAUCUGCAACCUUGUGAUGAUAGAGAAUCAGCUAGCUCUAUGCCAGCCAGCCCCACAUCAUGCACCAGCUAUCAACUCACGUUUCCCAUCGCUCCGAAAGAUGAUAAUGGGCUGACAAGUCCGUGUUUUUCCAAACCGCGGAUACCAACAAUGCAAGCGAAAUUGGAUCACACGAAGAUUGAUUCGUCCAUGUAUCAAAAUGAAACCACCGGUGAAGAGGAAGAUGUGCGCGGUUCCGUUCGCGUUUCAUUAAGUUGUGAUCCAAUCGGCGGAAUGCUGACGGUGCGGUUAAUUGAGGCACGAGAUCUGCAAACACGAGACUCCAACGGCUCAGCCAAUCCGUACGCGAAGAUUCGUUUAUUGCCAAACAAAGCAAACGUCUGGCAGACCCGAAUUCACAAGAAAACAUUAAAUCCCGUAUUCGAUGAAGAUUGUUUUGAGGUACAGGGGAACACGAUAAGUCGGAAUGUCUUGGAAGUGCUGCUUUAUAACUUUGACGCGUACAGUCGACAUCAUAGCAUCGGAGCGGCACAGUUUCCUUUGGCGAGCAUUGAUUUGAGUGAAAAAGCUGACGUCUGGCGUACGCUUGGUCCCCUGGUCAAUCAAGAUCCGCAAGUGGAUCUCGGUGAAUUAAUGGUGUCACUAUCGUACUUGCCCAGUGCUGAACGACUCACCGUGGUUGUUAUCAAAGCGAGAAACUUGAGAGUCGUGGACGACACACGCAACAGUUCUGAUCCGUAUGUGAAGGUGUGCAUCGUGAAUGGCGCGAAGCGUAUCAAAAAGAAGAAAACCGGUGUGCAUAGGAAUACAGUCUCGCCGGUGAUCAACGAGGCGCUGACAUUCGACAUUGGCAAAGAGACCUUGAAAAAAUCCUGCAUUGAAUUCUUCAUCAUGCACGACAGUCUUCUGGGUUCUAGCGAAACGCUCGGGGUGUGCAAAGUUGGCGGAGGCGCUGACUGUUGCCUGGAGGAGAGAGAGUUUUUCCACGCCAUGUUGCACAGCAAAACCGCGACCGCCCAAUGGCUGACCCUUGCAGAGCCAAAACCCACCAAAGAGAAAACAGCAAACUAAAACCUCAUUAUAUAAAUUUCUGCAAAACGUAAAGGACCAUUGAAUAUCAAUUAUUAUUGUACGUACCUAUUGCAAUUAUUCUAGUCUACAUAUACACAAACAAAUGAAUCUUGUGAAACAGACGUAUAUAUUGUGAUGCUAUGAUAAGCACGAGGUGUCUCAAACUUUAUUCUAUGAUUACGCGCGUUUGCUGAGAUAUUCAAUUGGUGAAACUUUAUCACAAUAUACCUCAAAGGGCUUUCCGUGUACAGAGAACUGACUAAACAAAUGAAUGGAUAGCUGCUUAUUGUAGGUUAUAGUUGUGCUUGAUACACUCAGAUAUAUUUAUCCAAAAAUUAGUCAAAUUAGAACUAAGAAUAUAAAGAUUGUUCAGUAGUGAAAUAUUAUCUGAAAGUUGAACAAAUUCUAACUGAUAUAUUAUACACAAAUAUAUACCUAUACAGUUAACUAUUGCAACAAAUAUAUUUUUAAAGAGUCAAUGUAAGUUUGGUUGCAUAAAUAAAAUUAACUUCAUGAA